UUAUGUGUGAAGCAUCUUAAAGCAAAGGUAAAAAACCUCGAGGUUGCAUACCCAAAUUCUACAGGCUGGAGAGCGGCACGUGACAUCAUCUCCAUGGCAACCGUUGUCACGUUCAACUUUACCCACCACUGGUAAACUGAGAUUUUCCACAGUUUAGUAAGGGAAAAAGAAUGGGGGAUUACAUGCGGGGUUGUAAAGUUACUCUGCCUUAAAAGGUUAGGACCACACUAUAAAGUCAAUGAUGCCGAAAGUGCGACUUUUUGCAGGCUUUUCUCCGGCAGACCUUCCCGUCAUUCUUGUUCAGCGGAAGAGCUCACUCUAAUCACUACAGGUAAUUCCAUUUAAGCCUGAUAUGGAAGGUAAACAUCUACCUGGUUCUGGGGCAUCUACGCCCCGCUCAUCCCAAAGAUCUCCAGAAUAUAGACAAACAAUUGGACGUCACCGGCAAGAGCUACCUCCUGAAAGAAAAGGUUCGAGGAAUAAACAGAAGGGCCUCUACUCGGAUGUCUUCACUACUCUAAGAUGCAAGACUUCUGCAGAGGAAGCAGACACCCAGCAGCGGUCACCUACUAAUUGUGAUGCAUCCCAAGGCACAAGCUCACAGUCCCCGUUUGCACAAUACAUGUUUGAUGACAAAGAUUAUUAUGGGCCAUGCUCAAAGGAAUUACUCACAUCAUACUUCAGUCAUGGUGGAGAUACACCCAAAGUCCAGAUGCCCUACAAAACCGUUAGUGGCAAAAUCCCUCGUGAUUUAAAAAAAGAGCGAUGUCGAAGAGAAUACUUGAAGCUUAACUUUGAAGAACUUCUGGCGGAAAAAAAUAUUGACUCUAAUCUUCUAAUGCCACGUUGUUUGAGUAGUAACGAUGAGCAGUCUCUUUUGUCACCCUACCUUCCACUCGAGAUAUUUGACAAUGAAGAGUUUGAUUGUCGGACUGUAGAAGACUGGCUUUCUCUGGGAAAGCCUCAAGGAUCACCUGAUCGAAAACCAAUUCCUGCAAAAGCGUUACUGCCAACAGAUGACACAGUAUUGUUGGAUGACGAGCAACCUCCCCCGUCACUGCACUACAGCUGGCAUUUAGUAGGAGUUCUUGACUACAAUAAGGAGAAAUGUCAGUACUUGGUGGAAAAGGUUAUCCAAAACAGCAGGCUAAAAGAUAAAGGACAGAGCUGCCUUCAAACAGGAAACAGGCACUGGAUACCCAGGAUCAGGUUGUUGUUCAGCGCCGAGGACCCACGAGUCUUUGUCCAGCGGAUCCAGUUUGCUAUGCUCCUACGACAGAAAACAGAAGCCCUCAUCCUGUAUAACUUGACUGUUGACUGCAUGCCUGUCUGGAAGGAAACGCCAUCUCUCGAUCCGCAUUGUCUCUACCGUAUCAAAAGAUGUGCCCGCUUAAGCCAUGGCCUUAAACGAGAUAUUGUCCAAAAGUUUGUAGAAGGACUGGGGAAGGAGAUAAAGCUGGAUUACGACCGCACUAUGAAUCGCUUCAUUUUGGAUAAAAUGGUAAAAAAGGACCCACGGGAGUUUUCCCACAUCCUGGUGCCACAGAAGGAACCUGAACAUGUGCCACUCAUAGGAUGUGUAACAGUUCCUCACUUUAACUAUAAGAAGAACCAAGCUGCAUUCUUUACCAAAUCCAUGCUGACAGAACCUCAAGUGAUCUACACAUUAUCCGAAAUAAGAUUCGAGUGCAACAAACUAGCAACCAUGAAACUAUUCAACGUCUCUUUAACCAAACCUCUGCGACUGGAUGAGUUUGAAGCAAACCAAGCCCAAAUGCAGACUCAGAUUAGCUUGUUUCUUCGUGAGGCAUGGAUGCUCACCGUGACGUACAGCCUCCGACACAACCUCAGCAAUAUUGGCAAAGGCGCGUACAACAUGAACGAGACCAAAUGGGACAUGUACAAGGUUUCCAAGCUGAACAAACUGAUGGCUGUGGUGCACUACACCCUGCAGGACUCCCUGCGUAACCUUGUAGAGGACUCAUUGGCCUGCCUGAGCAAGCUCAUAUUGGACGCAUGCUGCAGUGUGCUGACAUGCCCUGACGACCUGGUGUGGGGGGACAACCGUACCACAAGCCCUUACAAGCCAAAGAACAAGCCUCUGUUCCAGGUCGACUUGCUUUUGAGUGAAACCGGCGUCCAUUACAGCACGCCUCUGGAGAAUUUUGAGACCUGUAUUUUGAACCUGUUCAAUGAGGGCAUCCUGGCUACGCACAACAUACCAAUGCUGGACAGGUUUUUGAUGAAGCGCUUGUUAUUCGGUGACGAGCCUGUGCUGGAGUCGGUGAAUCUUUGCGAGCCAAAAGUCAAAAAGAUGAGAGAGACGAUCUGCAUGGCUCUCCAGAAAGCGAUUGUACCCCUUAAAGCUUAUGCUGUAGAAUACACAAAAUACAUUGAGCUUUACAACUUGGACAUAGCAGCGUACUUCACAUCCAGUAGUGACGAUGAGAAGACGUCCAAAGUGGUGAAAAAGGAAGUGGAACAGCAUAUCCAAGAAAAGGAAACGCUCUUCGUCUCCCUGCCAUCUUCCAUUAUUAUCGGUGCCUUUAUUGUGCAUGUUGAGGGAGUACGUCAGACUCUAUUAAAUAAAUCAAAGGCUUUAGCCGUUGCAACGCUGGAGCACCAUGCCGACAAGCUUAGAAAGCAACUGGAUGAUGAAUGCGAUGAGUUCAGCUCUAUUAGUUACACACUAAACGAUCGUCCCAACAGCAUCGAGGACCUGACAGACAAAAGGGAAUGGAUGAAACAAAUUCCCGACCAGCUCAAGAGUUGCAAGGAGCGUGUAACGAAGAUUUUAGCAGAGUAUGAGCUAUUUGAAGAAUUCUUCUACCCCUUAUCAAAUGAUGAUUUUAAUCAAAAGUGGAAAGCCAUCGAGUGGCCGCAAAGAAUCAUCAGACAGAUGGAAGAUAUAACCAAACAGCUUGUUGAAGAAGAGGAGCGCUUCAAGAAGAUCCAGAUAGUUGACCAGGAUGUGUUUGAGCAGCGCCUUGAAGCUCUGCAGAUGUUGGUUGGCAAGUUCACGGCUUAUUCAGAUGUCGAUCAUGCCACUGAGGUGGCCAAUGAGGUGAAGCGUGUAAGCAAGGAACUGAAAGAGUGCCAGGCUCUCGCUCAGACCUACAACACCAGAGAACGUUUGUUCGGUUCUCCUGUCACUAAUUAUGAUCGCCUGCAAAGAAUGGCAAAGGAAUUCCAGCCGUUCUAUGACCUCUGGACCACGACCUACAAUUGGAUCCAUCGGCAUGAGGGUUGGCUGAGCGACCCGCUCACUAACAUUGACCCCGAGCUGCUUGAGCGCAAUGUUACAGAAGCCUUAGAUACGAUGCAUAAAUGUAUCAAACAGUUCAAAGAUAAUCCCGAUUGCCAAAUGGUGGCAUCCGUCAUCCUGGCAAAGAUUGAGGCCUUCGGUCCUAACGUUCCUCUGGUUCAGGGUCUGAGGAACCCGGGGAUGAGAAGUCACCACUGGAAGGCUCUUUCAGAUACCAUUGGGAUAAAAGUUGUGCCCAAAGCCAAUCUUACCUUGUCUCGCUGCUUAGAAAUUGGCCUACAAAAUCACAUGGAUGCAAUAACUCAAGUAGCUGAGACGGCCGGGAAAGAGUACAUCAUUGAACAGGCCCUGGAUAAGAUGAAACAUGAAUGGUCUGGAAUUGCCUUCGAUCUAAUGUCUUACAAGGACACCGGCACCUACAUCCUGAAGAGUCCUGAUGAAGCAUUGCAGCUGCUGGAUGACCAUAUUGUCAUGACGCAAAGCAUGUCCUUUUCACCCUAUAAGAAGGCCUUUGAGGCCGAAAUCAACAAAUGGGAGAGCAAACUCAGAACAACUCAAGACGUGCUGGAAGAGUGGCUGCUCUGUCAGGGCUCAUGGCUCUACCUGGAGCCUAUCUUCAGCUCGGACGAUAUCAAUGAACAACUACCCGUGGAAGGACAGAGAUACCAACAAAUGGAAGAAAUAUGGAAAAGGAUUAUGAGAAAUGCUUAUGAGAGUCCAAAAAUCAUUGAGUUCUGCCCCGGUCCACAUCUGCUGGACAAACUGAAAAAGUGUAACAUACUUUUAGAACAGGUUCAGAAGGGUCUCAGCGAAUACUUGGAGAUAAAGCGAGACGCCUUUCCAAGGUUCUACUUCCUGUCAGAUGAUGAGCUUCUGGAGAUUCUGUCUCAGACCAAAGAUCCCACUGCUGUACAGCCACAUUUGCGCAAAUGCUUUGAGAACAUUGCACGGCUUAAAUUCCAGCCAGAUCUAUUGAUCACACAUAUGUACUCCGGGGAAGGAGAGGAAGUGAAGAUGACGCUGACUGUUUCACCCGCUGGGAAUGUGGAGGAUUGGCUGAGGGAUGUGGAAAGAUCUAUGAAGGCUACAGUUAGGGAUUACAUUGAACGCUCACUUAAAGUUUACCCGCAGGAACCUCGUGAAAAGUGGGUUUUAUCGUGGCCAGGGCAAGUGGUGAUAGCCGGCUGUCAGGUCUUCUGGACGUUGGAGGUGUCAGAGGCUUUGGAGGAAGGGGACUUGGCCGACCGUCUUUAUCCUCAGCUGCAGACACAGUUGGGAAACUUGGUGCAGCUGGUGAGAAGCGGCGUGUCGAAAAUGCAGCGAGCAGUGUUGUCUGCCCUCAUUGUCAUUGAAGUGCACGCUAAAGAUGUCGCAGCCAAACUGGUGGAGCAGGCGGUGUCAAGCGUCAAUGACUUUGAAUGGAUUAGUCAGCUCAGAUAUUACUGGGCCAGAGAGGACUUGUACAUCCGAGCAGUGAAUGCAGAGUUCCUGUAUGGAUAUGAGUACCUUGGAAACUCUGGGCGACUGGUCAUCACCCCACUCACAGACAAAUGCUACCUGACGUUGACUGGAGCUCUGCACCUCAAGUUUGGAGGCGCUCCCGCAGGUCCAGCAGGCACAGGAAAGACAGAAACCACUAAAGAUCUGGGAAAGGCUCUCGCCAUCCAAACAGUGGUCUUUAACUGUUCUGACCAGUUGGAUUUUAUGGCAAUGGGCAAGUUCCUCAAAGGCUUGGCAAGCUCUGGUGCCUGGGCGUGUUUUGAUGAGUUUAAUCGUAUUGAUGUUGAGGUGUUGUCUGUGGUGGCGCAACAGAUCACCACAAUACAAAAGGCCCAACAACAAAGGGCAGAGAGGUUUGUUUUUGAGGGUUCCGAGAUCCCACUUGUCCCUUCCUGCGCUGUGUUCAUUACCAUGAAUCCUGGUUAUGCAGGCCGCACAGAGUUGCCAGACAAUCUCAAGGCCCUGUUUCGUCCAGUAGCCAUGAUGGUCCCGAACUUUGCCAUGAUUGCUGAGAUCUCAUUGUACUCAUUCGGUUUCAGCGAUGCCAAAGUCCUCUCUCAGAAGAUAACCAGCACGUUCACUCUCUCAUCUGAACAGCUUAGUUCUCAGGAUCACUAUGAUUUCGGAAUGAGGUCUGUGAAAUCUGUCAUCUCUGCUGCUGGGAAUCUGAAAAGAGAAAAUCCUAAUAUGAAUGAGGAGUUGAUCUGCCUGCGUGCCAUCAAAGAUGUCAACGUACCGAAAUUUUUACGAGAGGACCUGAAGCUCUUUAAUGGCAUUGUGUCUGACCUUUUCCCAAAGACAAAACAGGAGCCAAUUGAUUACGGCACACUUGAGGAAUCCAUGCGUAAUAUAUGCUGUAAAAUGAACCUAAAAGAUGUGAAUGAAUACAUCGGUAAGUGUAUUCAGCUGUAUGAGACUACUGUGGUGAGACAUGGCCUUAUGUUGGUGGGACCCUCCGGAUCAGGUAAAACCAAGUGUUAUGAGGUUCUCGGUGCAGCGAUCACAGCUCUAAAAGGUCAGCCCUCUGUCAGCGGUGAUUUGUAUGAGGCAGUUCAGACUUAUGUGCUCAACCCCAAGUCGAUCACCAUGGGGCAGCUGUACGGGGAGUAUGACUUGCUCACUCAUGAGUGGACAGACGGCAUCCUCUCGUCUUUAAUCCGGAUGGGUACAUCAGUAAUGGACAAUGAUAAAAAGUGGUACAUGUUUGAUGGUCCUGUAGAUGCUGUUUGGAUUGAGAACAUGAACACUGUGCUGGAUGACAACAAAAAGCUUUGCCUAAGUUCUGGAGAAAUCAUCAAGCUCUUGGAUACCAUGACUAUGAUGUUUGAGGUGCAGGACUUGGCUGUGGCAUCACCGGCUACGGUGUCUCGCUGCGGUAUGAUCUACCUAGAGCCCAGUGUUUUGGGCCUUGUCCCCUUUACAGAAUGUUGGCUCAGGCAGAUCCCCAAUAUCUUGACACAAUUCACAGAACAACUCACUUCCCUGUUUGAGAGGUUCUUGCAGGAUUCUAUCAAUUUUGUUCGCACAUCAGUAAAGGAGGUCAUCACGUCACUCGACAGCAAUCUGACCUGUAGUCUUCUCAAACUUAUGGACUGUUUCUUCAAUCCAUUCAACUUUAGUGAGGAUGACAAACCGCCACCCCGAAAUAAACUGGAGCGUGUGAAUGAGCUGAUUGAGCCUUGGUUCAUUUUCUCCCUGGUGUGGAGUGUCGGUGCCACAGGAGACGGUCCCAGUGGCCAGCGCUUUAGUGCCUGGCUCAAAAACAAGAUGGUCGAAGAAAAGGUUCAUUUGUGUUUUCCAGACGAUGGUCUGGUGUACGACUUCAGGCUUGAUGACGCAGGGAUAACUCGUUGGAAUGACGAGGAAGACGAUAACAAAAACAGACAGGUUCAGUGGGUCAAUUGGGUGAAUGAUGCAAAGAGUGUUUUAAUCACUCCAGAUACAAGUUAUUCCGACAUCAUUGUUCCCACUGCGGACACAGUGAGAAUGACUUUCCUCAUGGAUAUGCUUUUGUCCAAUAUGAAGCCUUUGCUUUGUAUUGGGCCCACUGGCACAGGAAAGACACUUGCCUUGGCUGACAAGCUGCUAAAAAAUAUGCCCGGGCAAUACAUCACACACUUCCUCAUGUUCUCAGCCCGCACAUCAGCCAACCAGACUCAAGAUUUUAUAGACAGCAAGCUCGAUAAAAGGCGGAAAGGUGUAUUUGCGCCUCCGAAGGGCAAGUACUUCAUCUUCUUUAUUGAUGAUCUAAACAUGCCAAUGUUGGAAACCUAUGGCGCCCAGCCCCCCAUUGAACUGCUACGGCAGUGGAUGGACCACGCUGGCUGGUAUGACAGGAAGCAGAUUGGGGCUUUUAAGCAAAUAGUGGAUAUCAAUUUUGCCUGCGCCAUGGGGCCGCCAGGUGGAGGACGGAACCCCAUCACACCACGCUUCACACGCCACUUUAGUUUUCUAUCGUUCACUGAACUGGAGGAUGCCAGCAUGAAAAAGAUUUUCUCUACAAUUCUCGGCGGUUGGAUGAAUGGAAGCAUGAGUAAAAAGAAUCCAGGAAGAUCAGUGCCAGAAAUUGUGCCACUGAAAGACGCCAUCGUCAAAGCCACUAUCCACGUCUACACGACGAUUUGCUCUCAACUUCUCCCAACUCCUGCAAAAUCCCAUUACACAUUCAACCUAAGAGACCUGUCCAAGGUCUUCCAGGGGGUCCUCAUGGCUGAGACCACAAUGGUAGAGAACAAAGAAAUGCUGCUUCAGCUGUGGUACCACGAGAACUGCAGAGUUUUCCAGGACCGUUUGGUGUGUGUGGAAGACAGGGACUGGUUCAACAGCCUCCUUAAGGACUGUAUUGAGGAGUUUGGCUGCAAGUACGACGAAGUCGUGCCAUGCCAGCCUGUCUUAUAUGGAGAUUUCAUGAUUCCCGGUGCACUCCACAAAGUUUACACAUUCAUAGAAGACAAAGAAAAGUUGGAAGAUGUUAUGGUGGAGUACAUGGAAGACUACAACCAAAACUGCACGCCCAAGAUGAAGCUUGUGCUCUUCAUGGAUGCCAUCCAGCACGUGUGCCGAAUCAGUCGUGUCCUGCGCCAGCCGCUAGGCAAUGCCCUCCUGCUUGGCGUCGGUGGCAGCGGACGACAGUCCCUUACAAAGCUUGCCUCAUAUAUAUCCGAGUAUAAGUGUUUCCAGAUUGAGCUGUCCAAGAACUAUGGUCAACUUGAGUGGCGGGAAGACAUUAAAAGCAUCAUGCUGAAGGCUGGCAUCCAUAACCAGCAGAUCACCUUUCUGUUUGUGGAUACACAGAUUAAAAGUGAGUCAUUCCUGGAAGAUAUCAACAGCAUUUUGAACUCCGGUGAUGUUCCCAACUUGUAUGCAUCAGACGAACAAGAACGCAUCCUGGCAGCAAUGAAGCCAGUGGUGCAAGAGCUGGCUCAGCAGCCAACCAAAUCCAAUCUUAUGGCCGCCUACCUUAAAAGAGUCCGUAGCAACAUCCACACUGUACUUUGCAUGAGUCCUAUCGGGGAGGUGUUUCGUGCACGACUGAGGCAGUUUCCCUCACUGGUAACAUGUUGCACCAUAGACUGGUUCAGCGCAUGGCCCGAUGAGGCUCUGCAAGCCGUGGCCAUGUCAUUUCUUAAUGAGCUACACGAGCUCGAUGCUAGCCCCGAUGUAAUGGAUGGACUGACAAAUAUGUGCAUGAAGAUCCACCAAAAUGUAGCCAGCAAGUGUCAGCAGUUUCUUGCUGAGCUUUCUCGACAAAACUAUGUCACACCCAAGAGCUACCUGGAAUUACUCAACAUCUUCUCGGAUCUGAUUGGACGCAAGAAACAGGAGCUGUGUCGUGCUCGGAAGCGCAUGAGCACUGGUCUGGACAAGCUUCUUAGCACUGCAGAGGACGUGAGUAAGAUGCAAGAGGAGCAGGAGUCGAUGAGACCUCUUUUGGAGGAGGCUGCAAGGGAAACUGAGGUCACAAUGGAGACCAUCAAAAAAGACUCUGUGAUUGCAGAGGAGACCCGAAAGUCGGUGCAAGAAGAGGAAGCCAAAGCUACAGAGAAAGCCCGUGUCGCAGGAGAGAUUGCCAGCGAUGCGCAGAGAGACCUGGAUGAGGCGUUGCCGGCGCUCGAGUCUGCUCUCACCAGCCUCAAGUCACUCAACAAGGGAGACGUCACUGAGGUGCGUGCCUUGCAACGCCCUCCUCAAGGGGUGAAGUUGGUAGUUGAGGCUUUGUGCAUCAUGAGGGAAGUCAAACCUAAGAAGGUGGCUGGAGAGAAACCCGGAACCAAGGUUGAUGACUACUGGGAACCUGGCAAGGUUUUGCUGCAGGAUCCUGCUAAGUUUCUGGAUAGCCUUUUUAACUAUGAUAAGGAUAACAUCCCAGAAAGAGUGAUCACUCUAGUGCAACCAUACAUAGAUAAUGAAGAAUUCCAACCAGCUGCCAUUGCCAAGGUUUCCAGAGCCUGUACUUCAAUUUGCCAGUGGGUCCGAGCCAUGCAUCUCUAUCACUUUGUAGCAAAGGCCGUUGAGCCUAAACGGCAAGCUCUCCAGGCAGCCCAGGCGGAAUAUGAUGAGUCCCAGAGGAGUUUGAAGGCCGCUAAAGAAAUGCAGGAAGCAGUGGAGAGUGGUAUCGUUGCACUGCAAGUCAAGUACCAAGACUGCUUGGCCAAGAAAAAUGAACUGGACCACAAGUUUCAACUGUGUGAGAUACGCCUUGUUAGGGCAGAUAAGCUUAUAGCUGGACUGGCAGAUGAGAAAACACGCUGGAAAGAUACUGUGCAACAUCUGGAAUACAUGGUCAAUAAUGUCUCAGGUGAUGUAUUACUAUCUGCCGGAUAUGUAGCAUACCUGGGACCCUUCACGGGAGAGUACAGGGCUGCUUUGGCAGAGGAGUGGCUGCGAUCUUUCAAGGAGCUAAACGUUCCACACACUGAUGCGCCCAAUCUCAUGACCACCCUUGGUGAUCCUGUCAAGAUUCGCUCCUGGCAGCUAUCAGGAUUGCCUAAGGAUAACCUUUCGGUGGAGAAUGGUGUGAUUGCCCAGUAUUCUCUCCGCUGGGCUCUUUUUAUUGAUCCUCAAGGACAAGCCAACUCGUGGAUCAAAACCAUGGAGAAGGACAGUGGACUGGAGAUAAUAAAGCUCAGUGACCGGGAUUUCCUACGCAGUCUCGAUAAUGCAAUUCGCUUUGGUAAACCCUGCUUACUUGAGAAUGUAGAAGAAGAACUGGACCCUGCUUUAGAACCUGUACUGUUACAGCAGACAUUUAAAGAGCAAGGCACCUUAAAACUGAAGCUGGGUGAUUCUACCAUUCCCUAUCACAAGAGCUUCAAGUUCUACAUCACCACCAAGCUACCAAACCCGCACUACUCUCCGGAGAUUUCCACUAAAGUCACCCUUAUCAACUUCACGCUGUCACCAAGUGGUUUGGAAGACCAGCUUCUGGCCCAGGUGGUGGCGGCGGAGCGACCAGAGCUGGAAACGGCUAAGAACCAGCUGAUAGUCAGCAAUGCCAAAAUGAAACAAGAGCUGAAAGAUAUUGAAGAUGAGAUCUUGUUUCGUCUCAGCUCCACAGAGGGGAACCCUGUGGACAAUCAAGAGCUCAUUGAAGUGUUGGAAGCGUCCAAAGUCAAAGCUGCCGAGAUCCAGGCCAAAGUGAUUGUGGCAGAGGAGACAGAGAAGGACAUAGAUGCCACACGUCUGGAGUAUGUGCCUGUCGCUGUGCGCACACAGAUUCUCUUCUUCUGUGUCUCAGACUUGUCCAACGUUGAUCCCAUGUACCAGUACUCUCUGGAGUGGUUCCUCGGUAUAUUCAUGGCGGGCAUCACCAAUGCCGAGAGAGCAGACACGGUGGAGAAGCGAAUCGAAAACAUCAAUGAAUACUUCACCUUCAGUCUGUACUGCAAUGUGUGUCGCAGUUUGUUUGAGAAGCACAAACUCAUGUUUGCGUUUCUCCUUUGUGCUCGCAUUCUGAUGAACGAUGGGGAAAUUGACAUGGCUGAGUGGCGUUAUCUGUUAUCGGGCGGCAUGGCCAGCCAGGAACUUCCCAACCCAGCCAUAAGCUGGCUAUCUGGUCGGGCCUGGAAGGACAUUUUAGGCCUGAGUUCCCUGGAGACCUAUAGCGACUUGGCAUCGACCUUUCACAAACAUCUGGAAGGCUUCAAGAGCAUUUUUGACAGCAAUCUUCCUCACAGGCAAAUUAUGCACAGCAGCGACACAAAAUUUCAGGAACGUGAACUGAAAGAAGGUGUCAAUGUGUGUAACAAACUAUCCGGGUUGUGUUUGUUUGCAUUUAGAGAGCCUCUCCCUGGAGAGUGGGAUGGGAGGCUGGACAGCUUUCAAAAGCUGUUAGUUCUGCGAUGCCUGAGGGCUGACUGUCUUGUUCAAGGCAUACAGGACUUUGUGUCUGCAAAGCUUGGACAGCGCUUCAUUGAACCUCAGACCUCAGACCUGGCUGUGGUCUUCAAGGAGUCUUCCCCCUCCUCUCCCCUCAUCUUUGUUCUGUCUCCCGGCACUGACCCGGCUUCUGACCUCUAUAAGUUUGCCGAUGCGAUGCACUUCUCCAAGAAAAUGACUGCCAUCUCCCUGGGUCAAGGCCAGGGUCCCUUGGCUGAAGCCAUGAUGCGCACUGCCAUGGACAGAGGUCAGUGGGUCUUCUUUCAGAACUGCCACCUGGCCCCCAGUUGGAUGCCGUCACUGGAGAGUCUUAUUGAGAACAUUGACCUGAAGGUGCACAAAGAUUUCCGUUUAUGGCUCACAAGUCUCCCCAGCAAUAGAUUCCCAGUGUCCAUUCUUCAAAAUGGGACAAAGAUGACCAUUGAGCUACCCAAAGGCAUCAAGGCCAAUCUACAGAAAACCUACCUUAAGCUCACAAAUGAUUUUAUCACUUCAUCCAACAAGGUAGCACACUUGAAGUCGUUGCUCUUGUCUCUGUGUUUGUUCCACGGAAUUGCUCUGGAGCGAAGGAAGUUUGGUCCUUUAGGCUUCAAUAUUCCAUACGAGUUCACAGAUGGCGAUCUGAACAUUUGCAUCAGCCAGCUCAAAAUGUUUCUGGACGAGUACCAGAAUAUUCCAUAUAAGGUUCUGAAAUACACUGCAGGGGAGAUCAAUUAUGGAGGCCGAGUGACAGACGAGUGGGACAGGCGCUGUCUUCUUAGUGUACUGGAAGACUUCUACUGUCCUGCUGUGCUUAGUGAGGAACAUAUUUACUCUGAAUCUGGAGUUUACCGGCAGAUUGAGACAAAUGUGGAUAUCAAGGGCUACUUAGCAUACAUCCACAGUCUGCCCAUCAAUGACACACCUGAGAUAUUUGGUCUCCAUGACAACGCUAACAUCAGCUUUGCCCAGAAUGAGACGUUUGCUUUGCUGGGAGCUGUGCUACGUCUCCAGCCUCGAACUGCAUCCGCUGGAGGCAAGACCUUGGAGGAGAUAGUGGAGGAGAUAGUAGCGGGCAUUGUGGUGAGGGUCCCAAAGCCUUUUGAUAUUCAGGAGGUGAUGGAAAUGUACCCUGUACUCUAUGAAGAGUCCAUGAACACAGUCCUCAUCCAGGAGGUCAUCAGAUAUAACAAUUUGCUAGCAGUCAUCGCAAAGAGUCUGAAUGAUAUUGUGAAAGCUCUGAAAGGUUUAGUGGUGAUGUCAUCAGAACUGGAGCUAAUGGCUAACAGCUUGUAUAACAACAGUGUUCCUGAUAUGUGGAAAGCCAAGGCGUACCCCUCUCUGAAGCCUUUGGCAUCCUGGGUGUCCGACCUGCUUCAGAGGAUCAGUUUUCUUCAUGGAUGGAUCUCUAAUGGCAUUCCGCCUGUAUUCUGGAUCAGCGGCUUCUACUUCCCUCAAGCCUUUCUCACCGGAACCUUGCAGAAUUAUGCUCGGCGCUUCGGCAUCUCCAUAGACACCAUUGGAUUUGACUUUGAGGUUGUGUUGAAAGCAGUGUCUGAUAUAAACGAGAAACCAGACACAGGCUGUUACAUCAAUGGCUUAUUCAUCGAGGGGGCUCGCUGGGAUAAUGACGCCGCUCAGCUCACAGAGUCCAGACCUAAGGAGCUCUACACGGAAAUGGCUGCCAUUUGGCUUAUUCCCACACCAAACCGGAAAGCUCCGACCUCUGGGAUCUACAUCUGCCCCAUCUACAAGACCUUAACACGUGCUGGCACCUUGUCUACUACUGGUCAUUCUACCAACUAUGUGAUUGCAGUGGAGCUGCCAACAGAUCAUACCCCGGGACACUGGAUCAAACGGGGAGUGGCCCUCAUUUGUGCUUUGGAUUAUUGAAAACACACUACGCCCAUUAGUUAGUGUGUUUAAUAUUAUUUUCACAGCAAUAAUAAAUAGGGCAGCCUACAGUUAGCAUUACCUUGAAACCAUUUUGUAGAGGGGUGGUGCCGCCCGGUUCAAGAACUGUGACAGUUUGGUGAGGAUCUGCAUAAAGGUGUGGAUAGAGGAGUUAUUUUUCCACAUUUAAACGUUUAAAAAAAUAGUGUGGAUAAAAUACUUUCAGUUGCUGAAGACCGUCUCACAUCUUUUGGAAGACUUCCAGUUUUUGGCAGCAUAACACUCAAAUACAGAUUCACCUUGUUAAGUUCUGACUUUGGACACCCCGCAGGAGACCACCUCCCUGAGCUUCUCACAGCCUGAGAUGGUUCUCAUGGCUCUCAUGUUGGAGAUGUGUUUUAGCGCUAGACUAUGAAAGACUUGUACAAAAGCAGUUUAUACUCUGAGGGACUGGGAGCCAGCGCAGAUACCUUAGCACUGGACUACUAUGGUCAUAGGUUCUAUGGUUCUAAGCAGGACUCGAGACUAAGGCAUCGCUAAACACUAAACAGCGCUUAUGACUUGUUAGGACUCGGAUAUUUCCACCCCAUGAAUUUGGACUUGACUCGACCUAUCUUGUCUUUACAUCAGACCCCCCCCCCCCAACCCCCCUAGUUCAGCUGAUGAAAAGAGUUGUAAUUAUUUAGUAAUAAAACAUCUAAUGACAUGGCCUUUUGUAGACUUUUUGCACAGUGCUGUAUCAAAUACUAACACUUAAACAUGACAUUACUAAGUAAUUAUUUAGUAAUAAAACAUCUAAUGACAUGGUCUUUGUAGACUUUUUGCACAGUGCUGUAUCAAAUACUAACACUUAAACAUGACAU